AUGGAAACACAACCCUUCCGCGUCAUCAUCAUAGGCGGCGGCCCCGUCGGCCUAACCGCCGCCCACGCCUUCCUCGCCGCCGGCAUCGACUUUGUCGUCCUCGAGGCCCGGGACACGUUCGCCCCCGAGGAGGGCGCCAGCCUGCUCGCCUACGCGUCCACCCAGCGCGUGUGGCACCAGCUGGGCCUGCUCGGCGCCAUGGGGGCCAGGGCCUGCCCCGUCGACACGCGCAGCUCGGCGGAUCACAAUGGGAACGUUUACCGCCGGGGCACCCCCGGCGCGACGCACAAGAGGCUGUUUGGCGCGGCGCCGUGGAAUUUCCACCGGAGGGAGCUGGUGGAGGUGUUGUAUGAGAGGUUGCCGGCAGAAGUGAGGAAGGAGAAAUUAUGUACGGGACGUAAGGUUUGCGGGAUCGAGGUUGAUGAGGAGGGCGUGAUGGUGAGGUGUGAGGAUGGGAGGAUCGAGCGGGGGAGUAUGGUGCUUGGGGUGGAUGGGGUGUACAGCAAGACAAGGGGCUUGAUGCGUGAGUUGAUGUUGGCGUCAAAAGAAAAAGAAGGCAGCGAGGACGACGAGGGAUCCCUCCCGCCGGAGCGACCGUACAAAGCCGAGUACCGCUGCCUGUGGGGGACAUGCCCGGCGCCCAAGGCCUGCGAGCCGAGCUCGAACGCCGAGAGCCACGGCCCGGAGCGCAGCAUCAUGUUCAUGACGGGCCGCGACGGCCGCAGCUGGUUCUUCCUGUACGAGCAGCUGGACGAGGCGCGCGACGAGGGCCAGAGGUACACGGACGAGGACCAGGCGGAGAUGGCGGCGCGGUUCUCCCAGAUCCACCUGCUGCCGGGCCUGCCCCUUGGCGACAUGUGGCCGACGCGCACCGCCUGUGGCAUGGCGGACCAGCUGGAGGGCGUGCUGCCGCAGGGACACUGGCACCUCCCCGCCGCGCAGGGCGGCCGUGUCGUGCUCGCGGGCGACGCGGUCCACCGGAUGACGCUCAACUUUGGCUGGGGGUUCAACUCCGGUGUCAACGACGUGUGCGCGCUGGCAUCGCUGCUCCGCGCCGAGGUGGCGGGCUCGUCAUCGCCAUCACAAUCACCCUCGGCCGCCCAGCUCGACGGCGUCUUUGCACGCUACGCGGAGGCGCGUUGCGUGGACGACGAUGUGGCCGACGUGGUCCGCAUCAGCGGAGCGGUGACGCGGCAGUGUGCGCAUCCGCGCGAGCGGGGCGUAUUUGCCGCCGCGGUUGCCUGGCUGCUCACGCGUGUGGUACCGUUGCUUGUUCCGGACUUUGAGGCAAAAUUAGCGAUGAAGUUGCUGGGCAAGGUCAUGCGGAGGAGUCGCGUGCUGGAGUUUUUGAAGGAGGGUGAGGAUGGCUCGUCUCGUACAGAUGAGAAAUUGUUUGCUGGGGAGCUGGGAUGGGACUUCCCGAUCCCCACUGCCGCUGCUGCCAUGCAAGAGAAGGAUAAUGAGAAGGAGAAGGAGGAGGUUGCCUUGUUGUCGGAGAGGGAGGUAGGGCCGUGA